UCUUGUUGCUCAAUCAUCAAUACCAUGAUCAAAAUUUUAAGUCUUCUUUAUUGAAACCGUGCCACAGAGAGAGAGAGAGAGAGAGAGAGAGAGAGAGAGAGAGAGAGAGAGAGAGAGCACCAUUAUAUAUACUUAUAAGUGGUAGUUGGGUUUUUAUCAGGAAGGUUGACAGAAACCCAGAAUAGCAUCCUCUCUGCAUAACAUAGUUCCCCAAAGUCUCUCUCUCUCUCUGUCUCUCCCUCUCUCUCUCAGUGGCUCAAUGGCUCCUGUGACAAAAGAGUCCGUCAAUAGAAGAAAAAUGAAGGGAGGGGAAGCCAUGAAAAACACAAAAAGGAAAGUCAACAAGGGAGCAUGGACAACCGAAGAAGAUCAGAAACUGGCUGAAGCUAUUGAAACACAUGGUGCAAAAAGGUGGAAGACAAUUGCAUCUAAAGCAGGCCUCAAUAGGUGUGGCAAGAGUUGCAGGCUAAGAUGGUUGAACUAUCUCAGACCAAACAUCAAGAGAGGCAACAUAUCUGACCAAGAAGAGGACUUGAUCGUUAGACUUCACAAACUUCUUGGAAAUAGGUGGUCUUUAAUUGCCGGACGAUUGCCUGGUCGAACAGAUAAUGAAAUAAAAAACUACUGGAAUUCUCAUUUGAGCAAAAGAAUGAGCCAAAAGGAAAAGGAAAAUGGAGCCAAUUUAACAAGAAAAAUGAUCUCCACAGAUCAUCAGAAGGAUCAUGUACAGAUGAAAGAAGAUGCGUCAUUGCAAGAGGCUGCUACUAGUACUAGUACUACUAGUGCUGCAUCUAGUGCUGCAUCUAAAGGAGGUGAUCAAAACUCCAACAUUAAUAUUGAUGUAGAUGAUUUCUUUGAUUUCUCCAAUGAGGGUUCUUUGAAUUUGGAAUGGGUGAGCAAGUUUCUUGAACAAGAUUAUGGCAGAUGGCUUAACUGAUCAAGUUGGUGCAGUUCAUGCUAAUUAAUCAGGGUUGUAUGUGAUAAUAUAUUUCACCAUCUGUCAAAUAUUUUUCCCUUU